CCUCAUGACGGCAAAUUACUGAUAGUCAGUAAGAAGCACCGGUGUAAUCAUCAUGGCAGAGAAAGAGAUCGCUGUUGCUGAGCCUCAAAAGAAGCAAACCAGAAGUACCUCUGGUGUAAAGAACUUCCUUGCUGGAGGAUUUGGAGGAAUAUGUUGCGUAGUGUCUGGCCAUCCACUUGAUACGAUCAAGGUUCGCCUUCAAACCAUGCCCCAACCAGAGCCAGGGCAGAAGCCACUGUUCACUGGAACUCUUGACUGUGCUCUUAAAACAGUUAGAAAGGAGGGAAUUCUUGGUUUAUACAAAGGAAUGGCAGCUCCUGUUGUGGGUGUAGCACCAAUAUUUGCCAUCUGUUUCUGGGGAUUUAACAUGGGCAAAAAACUGCAGCUCAAGAAUCCUACUGAUGAACCAACGUAUUUUCAAAUUUUGACAUCAGGUUUUUUUGCUGGAGUUUGUACAACUGUUAUUAUGGCUCCAGGAGAAAGAAUAAAGUGUAUUUUACAAAUUCAGCAGGCUAGUGGAGCUGAAAAGAAAUAUGCUGGACCGAGUGAUGUAGUGAAGAAGCUUUACAAACAGAGUGGAAUCCGUGGAGUAUACAAAGGAACAUGUGCAACUUUAUUGAGAGAUGUACCGGCCUCAGGAAUGUACUUUGCGUCAUAUGAGUUUCUCUUAAAUGCACUCACUCCAGAGGGAAAGACGCGAAAAGAUGUUGGAGCUCUGUCAAUUCUCUGUGCAGGAGGUGUGGCAGGCAUGAUGAACUGGAGUGUUGGUAUAGCACCAGAUGUACUUAAGUCUCGUCUGCAAACAGCACCUGAAGGAACUUAUCCAAAUGGUGUUAGGGAUGUUUUUAGACACAUGAUGCGUGAGGAAGGACCUGGGGCGCUCUUUAGAGGCCUGACUCCAGUUAUGCUGAGAGCUUUUCCAGCUAACGCAGCUUGUUUCCUUGGGUUUGAAUUAGCCAUGAAAUUCUUCGACUGGAUUGCACCGGACUGGUGAUUUGACACCAACGGGGACAUAUCAGCUGUUGAAAAUAUUCUGCACAUAGCAGGGGAAAAAAUUGUCUUGCGAGAAAUUUGGCUUUUGUCGUGAUGAACUGUUCCUCUGAAUGAGAUCUCUACCUGAGUUUUAUAUACAAACUGAAAAUAAUUCCCCCAACGAAAAAGCCUUCAUUAUUUCAAUUAACUACAAAUUACCCUCUUUUUAGUAAGAAUAUCUUUUUCUCGGUAGAAGCGCAGCGAUUGUAUUACUGUGUUUCAGUGAAAUUCAAAAGAAGAUUCACCAGCAUCUAAAGGAAUCUUAUUUAUUCAACUUCUAUUUUCUAGGAGAUCUUUUUCUUCUAGACAUGAUGUUUACACUCUAUACAGUAAUGUACGAAACAAGUAAUUUAAUUUGGAGCAAAUUGUUUUUCUACCACGCAGCUGCCCGAAAUUACGUAUCGCGUGUGAUAUUUUUUAGUUUGCAGUUCGUAAAACUAGACUUACGUCUCGCAUCUGAAUCUGUGAAGGUCUAAAUUGUACCUACAAAGGUUUAAAAUGUGAAACUUGGCCUUUUAAUGAAAGAACAGCCUUCAUCGUAGGAGAAUAUUUCGUAUUAAAAGACAGUUAAAAGUGAA